AUAUAUUCGGUAUGACGCACAUACUGUCACGACCACUGUGUAGUGAUGAAAUUUCAACAACGUUCAAAUGAUUACAUUGCCAAACAGAACUGACUCGUUUGUGAAAUAAAGAGUGAAGAAAAAAUGAAAUUUCCAUUGCAAAUAAAUUGAAAGGAAAAAUCUUUGGGUUGGUUUGAUUUGAUUUUCCAAAAAAAGAACAAUUUUGUUGCAAUUCUAUUUCAAUGUAAACAUAUCAAACGUACAGAAAGUCGUUUCUGCUUGACUCAAAUGGGACGACAAUGAACGCAGCCACCGUCAGUGGAUGCGUUCAUUUGAACGUUUUUGGAGAGGAUUGUAGAAAGGCGCGCAAAGCUCACCACUACACCGACACAUUUGACGUAUUCAUACACAUUUGAAAACGAUUGCCUCAACGAUUCCGAGCGACACGAACAUCACUCAUUUUCUUUCUUGCGCGAAACGUGAAUCCAUGUGCAAAAAAAAUUUACUUUUUUUUACAUUCAUAACCGGUGCAGUGUUUUCAUUUUUAUCUAUAUAUUUCUUUCCAAAAAACGAAGAAAAUAAUCAUUCGGAACAAUAAAAAGUCGAAACGUGAACGUGAAACAUUAAAAUUCAUUGUUUUAAGAGAGGCAAGAGCCAUCAAUCAGUCAGUUUUUUCGGGCAUAAAAUUUCAAUAGGAAAAAAAAUAACUCUAUUCAAUACGAGCAUUUUGCACACACAAGUUUCGUCGAAAAUGACUCAAUUGCUUCAAGUUCUCGAAAAGACUGUGUCACCAGACCAACAUGAAUUGCAGUCGGCGAAAACAUUCUUGGAACAAGCGGCACAACAAAAUAUUGCCGAAUUUCUAAAGGCAUUAUCUGAAGUGUUGGCCAACGUAAGCUGUAGUGCUGUUGCACGUACCGCAGCUGGGCUUCAGUUGAAAAAUCAUCUAACGAGCAAAGAUUUGACCGUCACCGAACAGUACCAUAAGAGAUGGCUGUCAUUCGACGAGGUCACGCGGGAAUAUAUCAAAACUAAUAUCAUUCAAGCGAUUGGAACGGAAACAUCACGUCCAUCGUCAGCUGCACAGUGUGUGGCAUCUGUGGCAGUUGCUGAAAUACCAGUCAACCAAUGGAGCCAGUGUAUACCCACCUUGGUGAACAAAGUCGUUUCCGAGGGAACAACAGAAAGGUCACGGGAGUCCGCAUUGGAAGCUAUCGGUUAUAUCUGCCAAGAUAUCGCACCUGGGGUGUUGGAAAGUCAAUCGAAUCAGAUUCUUACUGCGAUUAUUUUUGGUAUGCGCAAAGUAGAGCCAAGCAAUCAUGUUCGAUUGGCAGCCACAAAUGCGUUGCACAAUUCCCUCGAAUUUACCAAAGCAAAUUUUGAUAAGCAAGCCGAACGGAACUACAUCAUGGAAGUGGUGUGUGAAUCAACACAGAGUCCCGAUUCACAGAUUUCUGUUGCGGCAUUGCAAUGUUUGGUCAAGAUAUUGACAUUAUACUAUCAAUACAUGGAACCAUAUAUGGCACAAGCAUUGUUCCCGAUCACAUUGGAAGCCAUGAAAUCGGACAACGAUCAGGUAGCUCUGCAAGGCAUAGAAUUUUGGUCGAAUGUCGGGGAUGAAGAGAUCGACUUGAGCAUUGAAACUCAAGAAGCUCAAGAAGCUGGUCGACCACCGACUCGAGUCUCAAAGUUCUAUGCUCGAGGUGCACUUCAGUAUCUCGUGCCGGUAUUGAUGGAAAAACUGACCAAACAAGAGGAAUACGACGACGAAGACGAUUGGAAUCCAUCAAAAGCGGCCAGCGUUUGCUUAAUGAUCUUAUCAUCCUGUUGUGAAGAAGAAAUCGUACCGUUUGUACUACCAUUCGUGAAAGAAAACAUCAAAUCACCAAACUGGCGGUUCAGAGACGCCGCAUUGAUGUCGUUUGGAUCGAUUCUAGGUGGUAUCAAUGAGCAAACGACAAAACCGCUUGUCGAACAAGCCAUCCCAACGUUGAUCGAAUUAAUGUACGAUGAGAGUGUCACGGUACGUGAUACAACCGCUUGGGUAUUCGGACGAGUAUGCGAGCUCUGUCCAUCAGCCGCUAUCAAUGAGGCAUACUUGAAACCAUUGCUGGAAGCUUUGGUGCGUGGACUCAAAGCCGAACCGCGUGUUGCGGCCAAUGUGUGCUGGGCAUUCACUGGAUUGGUCGAAGCAGCCGCCGACACCGAAAACAUCGGCGAAGGUAUGCAAGAAACAAACUGUCUGAGCCAAUACUUUGAGUUCAUCGUCUCACAGCUGCUCGAGACCACCGAUCGUCAGGAUUGUGGCCAGGCCAAUUUGCGCGCAGCCGCCUACGAAGCACUGAUGGAUAUGAUCAAGAAUGCACCAAACGAUUGCUACCCAGUGGUGCAGAAGACCACCAUGGUUGUGUUGGAACGUCUCAAUCACGUGCUCCAAAUGGAAUCCCAAAUCCAACACACCGAUCGCUAUCAGUUCAACGAUUUGCAAUCACUUUUGUGCGCCACAUUGCAAUCGGUGUUGCGCCGUGUAACCCCGGACGACGCCCCACAAAUCAGCGACGCGAUUAUGGGCGCUUUGCUCACGAUGUUCAGCACCAGUGCUGGCAAAUCGGGCAACGUACAAGAGGAUGCAUUGAUGGCCGUUUCCACAUUGGCCGAAUUGUUGGGCGAUAAAUUCUUGAAGUACAUGGACGCAUUCAAACCGUAUCUCUACAUGGGAUUGAAAAAUCAUCAAGAACAUCAGGUAUGUGUGGCAGCUGUCGGUCUCACCGGUGACAUUUGCCGUGUGCUUCGCAACAAAAUUGCACCAUACUGCGACGAAAUCAUGACGUUGCUGUUGGAAAAUCUCAGUUUGCCGAACUUGCAUCGUAACAUCAAACCGCAAAUUUUGUCAGUGUUUGGCGAUAUGGCUUUGGGCAUUGGCACUGAUUUCAAGAAAUACCUGAUGAUCGUACUGCAAAUGUUGCAACAAGCAUCCACAUUGCAAGUCGAUACCAACGAUUACGAAAUGGUCGAGUACUUGAAUGAGCUGCGCGAAAGCGUUCUCGAAGCAUACACCGGAAUCAUUCAAGGAUUGAAAGGUACCGAUCGUGCACCACAUCCAGACAUUGAAUUGCUAAAAAACCAUGUACCUCACAUCAUUCAAUACCUUGUGACCAUCGCACAAGAUCCAGAAAUGAAUGAUUCAAUCAUCGCCGUUAUGGCCGGUUUGGUUGGCGACUUGUGCAACGCAUUUGGUCCCGCUCUGCUUGCGAUCAUCGACAACGAACACAUCGGCAAGUUGCUCCAGGAAGGUCGCAAAUCUCGUGUGUCACGCACAAAACAACUUUCAAGCUGGGCUUCAAAGGAGAUCAAGAAACUACGCGAGCAACCCAUUCAACAGAUCGCUGCCAGCAGUUGGUAGGUAUCAUUUCUUUUCCUCAGUUGGAUAGCAUUCAGAUUUUUGUUUGGUUUUUUUUUCUGUUAAAUUUUUAAUUGUUUUCUGCUUUUUCUUUGCUUUGUUUUGCUUUGCUUCAUUUUUCGAUUUUAAAUUUUAAUGUUCGUCGUGAUUUGCCAUGUUUUCUGAAAUUAUUUCAAUU